UAGUUGGAUUUGGUGUGUACGUGAACAUGGAAAGCGGAGAGUUAAAUGAUGAGGCUUUGAAUAGAGCAUUUGUAAGAGUAAAACAGAAGUUUAGGGAUAACGAAGAACUCAGGGAUUCCUUUUACGACGUUCGGGAUGGAAUCCAUGAAGUUGUAGCAACUUGUGCCAACAACGUGAAGGUUGUAAUUUACAUCGAUGAAGUUCUUGAUGAACCCAUCAUUGUAUGCGCAGGUAAUCAAGAAAACAGGCUACGAAUUACCAUAAAAACAGAAGGACGAGUCACCUAUAGUUGGACAAAAGAAACAUGGGGAAAAGUUUUUCGCGAUGCUUGGAACGGCGUGAAGUCUCUUACGAAGAAGAUUAUAGGAUGCAUUGUUUCGAAGGCAAGAACUAUUUUGUCUCUAGCGAGGGAAGUACUGCCAGCAAUCGGAUUCUUUUGAGUCAUAUUUGCAGUCUGUAAUGU